AUGGGUUUCGCUAAUGAUGCCAUGGAAGUGCUGGAUGGUUUCUAUGGUACCAACGCUGUCAUUGAAGAACACUCUCCCCUUUAUCCUGGCCUUUUCCCUCGCGAUGGUGUUGCCACGGUUACUGUCACCGAUACUAUCUGUGCUACUCUGAGCCCUCCUGCCUUCUCGGCGACUACGUUUAGCACUGCUACACAGGCUCCGCCUACCGCGUCAGUCACGUCCUUGACGGCUUCUGUCACAGAGAAUCCCCCGAUUUCCUCUGAGACUCAUGGUAACCCUGGUACUGGAACUGUUGUUCCUCCUGUUCCUUCCGUGUCUUCCAGCGACUACUCGAGUGAGAGUGCCUCUCAGACAGCUGGAAUUCCCAUACCCCCAGUCUCGACUGUGUCUUCUGGUGAGCCGUCGGGUACAUCCUAUGUUAGCUCUCAGACUACUACUGCUGCUCCAUCAGUCUCGACUACGGGCGAGCACUCGAGCACUUACCCAGUCAGCUCUCAGACCACUGGAACUGAAACGGCCGGCACUACCACAGCUCCUACUAGCGCUCCUUCUUCUACUGCCUCCCCUGCUCCAAACGCCGGGGUUUCUCAUGGAGAAAUAGGAAUGCAUGCUGUGUAUCUGGCAUUGGGUAUGACGCUUGUUUGCUUCGUGGCUAUCUAA